UGGUUUCGGAGAGGAGCUGUCGCCAUGGGCCUGAGCAGCAGGCGCCUAUCGGCGGCGGCUGGGGCCGUGUUGCUCGGCUCGCUCACCGCCGUGUUUCUCCCGCACCUCCGGGACGGCUUGUGUUCGUUGCGGCGGCGCCUCUGGGAGAUUGGCCUGGACGGCGAUCGGAGUACCGGGCUCAGCCUGACCUACAGUGGAGUGGAGCUGAGCCAGCUGGAGGAGGCCUGGGCCCUCAGGCGGAAAGCGGGACCAGAAAUCCAGUUGGAAGCAAAAGCUGCUCUGCACCAGGCUCUGGAGAUGAAACGUCUGGGAAAGCGUGAGAAGGCAUACAGGCUAUUUAUGCAUGCCCUCAACAUGGACCCUAAUUAUGUAGAUGCUUUAACUGAAUUGGGUGUCUUCAUGGAAGAAGAUAAGGAUGUUAUUCAGGCUGACCACUUAUAUACAAAGGCUUUGACCAUUUCUCCGUGCGAUGAGAAAGCAUUGGUCAACCGUGACAGGACAUUACCGUUGGUGGAAGAAAUUGACCAAAAACAAUUUAGUAUUCUUGACCGGAAAGUUAAAAAACUGAUGGCUAUACCCAAAGGGAAUGCAGCACUGAACCGUGUAUUGGAAGAAAGUUAUUACCAUCAUAUUUAUCACACUGUGGCAAUUGAGGGGAAUACACUGACGCUGUCUGAAAUCAGGCAUAUCAUAGAAACUAGGUAUGCUGUGCCUGGAAAAAGCCUGAUGGAACAGAAUGAAGUUAUUGGGGUUGAUGCAGCCAUGAAAUAUCUCAACAAAUCUUUAGUAUCCAGAAUUGGAUCUGUUAAUAUUGAUGAUAUUUUACAGAUUCACAAAAGAGUUUUAGGAUAUGUUGAUCCUGUGGAAGCUGGCAGAUUUCGGAUCAAUCAAGUCUUUGUGGGUCACCACAUUCCUCCCCAUCCAAGGGAUGUAAAGAAACAAAUGCAGGAGCUGGUUCAGUGGUUGAAUUCUGAAGAAGCCAUGAGUCUACAUCCUGUUGAAAUUGCUGCUCUUGCACAUUAUAAACUUGUCUACAUCCAUCCCUUUAUAGAUGGAAACGGAAGGACAGCACGACUACUUAUGAAUCUAAUCUUAAUGCAGGCAGGUUACCCGCCUGUCACUAUCCGCAAGGAACAAAGGGCUGAAUAUUAUAGUGCACUAGACUUGGCCAAUGAGGGAGAUGUAAGGCCAUUUAUUCGUUUCAUUGGAAAGUGCACAGAAAUGACUCUUGACUUACUGCUAAUUGCAACAACCGAUCACUCUGUGGACAAAGGUUUACCUGAAGCUAAUCCUAACCAUUCAGAUUAUACACAAACAAUUCUGAUUAAAAAUUAACCUAUCUCAUUGAUCCACGCUAUUUAUGGACUUCAGUCGAGUUGCUGGGACUGUCAUCAGUCUAAAUUUUAGUCAAGAUUGGUUCCUUCAGUUCAGAAACUUGUCAAGUUCAUUUCUAAAGGGUUGUGCACAUUAGGUUUUUUUUUGCUUGGCUUUCUCACCACUUCUUGAACCAGGCAUGCAUGUUUGCAUUUUGUAAUGCUGGUUACUUAACAGUUUGGACCUGCAGGUUAGAGCUGUAAAAAAAAACCCCACUGAAGCUAUUUACAUAUUCUGGGUUAUACCCAGGUACAGGAUGUGAUUUAAACUGGUCAUGUUCUGAGCUGUUGCCAUAGCUUAAUUGGGACUGUAUUUCUUCAAGCUGAUCUGUAAUCCAUACUGUCCCGGCUACCCCUGAUUUCGAGCGUUCAUGUUUAGAGUCCAUUUUAUGAUGGUCUCAACAUAAACAUGAUGGACGUAAUGACAGAUGGGCUGUGUAUACUUUCAAGAGUUAAAUAAAAUGUCAGGCCCACAACUUGUAGUGAGGGGUGAAAAUCAUUUGAGAGGCUGGAUUGAAUGAGAAGGUGGAGAGAAAGAUCGGGAGGAAGGAGAAUGUCUGGUCAGUAGUAUUGUUCAUUCACUUUGUCUGGUCUCUCAGUACUUGCUAGAAGAAGCUUUUUAUUUUGUUUAUAAGGUUCACUCCAGUUUAUUAUCUGUGCUGGGUUUUUUUCUUUGUUUUGGUGGCAUUGUUUUUUUAACAAUCCAGUAGGCUUAAACAAAAAAGAAAUCACACUCCGUUGUUCCAAUAGUUUUGUAUUUGCUAAAAUUACAGCAUGUAGCGAAGCUAGAGUCUAAUACUUCAGUAGUUGUUCCAAACUGAACAAUACAAUGAAAGAUCGCUGAGUGCAACUGUAAAAUGUCGAAUUUUUUCAAAAAGCUACCUAAUCAUUUGAAGUGUUUCAGAUAUGCUGACAUUGAGAAAGAUACCAGUCAAGGUUAAUUGUAUCUAGCUGCUGGUAUUCCUGGAGUGUUAGAUGCAUACAAUUAUGUUGAUUGAUUAAAAACUGAGAACUGCAUUCCUUCAAACUAUCAUUUCCUGUCACGACAGGAGAAACUGGUUCUUGUUUUACCAUUUCUAUUAAUCUUUUUUUAACUAAAAUCUUGCACUUGAAAUUGAAAUCACCAAGAAUUAGAAUGAAAGACCAGUGUUAACAAGUUUCAUUGGACAACAACCCAUCUGGCCAGUGAGAUGUUUGAGAAAUUGCACUUUGUAUAAAUAAAGCCUUAUUUAAAUGGUUUGUGAAACAUAGAUACUUAUAAAUAAAUAUAUUUAAGUAUUUAAGAUGUAAAUAAUAAAGUAUUUUGGCAUCA